AUGGCGGCCAAACGACGCGACGCGCCAAAUCUUGAUCCAAACACACGACCAACGAAGAAACCAAGGAACGAGACUUCUGGAAACCUUCCUGCGCCAUAUGCUUCUCUCUGCAACAAGACGCUACGCAAUUGCGGCAACUCGAGGAAAGCGCCGGAACAAGACUCGUUGGAUCGGGGAUUCAUACGAGGCAUUGUACAGCGGGUAGAGUGGGAUAAGCAGGAAAAGUCUGCAACAUUAGUCCUUCAACUCGCAGACGAAAUAGCACCUUCCAGUAUCGAGAAUGGGGACAAGCAACGCGUUCUUGACUGCAUAUUGAACAAGCCAAGCUUUGGUGUUCGCGAAUCUCCCUCGGUGGGCGAGGUUGUCGACAUUGCGCUCACAAACCCAGCAGUCUUGACAAUAAAAGAGACCCAGACAACGUUUUGCUUUGCACUUGUCUUCAACGACGUUCUACUGCAAAUUCAUCAAAAAGCACACAGUGGCGAGCCUCGCAUACGAAGAUUUGGGCAGGUUGCUCAGAUCUCGUCAUCAAAUAAACGAGACGAUCAAGCCUCUGGUUCGAAUCACCGUAAUCUUCCGAAUGACAGGUCGGCAUCUAGACUUUCGAGCCUAGAUACUGCUGCGCUACCUGGGUCUCACAACCGACCCGGACAUGACAGGGUCAAUCCCUCAAGGAAGCACCAAAGUAGUAGAACAGAGCGCCACCACCAACAGAAAUCUCACCCUACGAUCCCUCCAAGCAGAGAAACAGUGGACAAUGCAAAUGCAUCGAUUAGACCUCACAAGGAAGUGCGGCGACAACGAAAUAAAGCUGGAAUUAGUGCCACAGAUAUAGAAGGAACCUUAGAGCAACUCGCUGAGCAGGAACGAGGCCAACAAACCCGACAGGAGCAACUCGUGGCGGAAGGUUCUGACGAUGACUCAGAGUGCGUCGUAUAUCAUCUCGGAGACGACAUGAUGAGCUCUAUCCCCUUGAACGUUGAGCCGAGGACAAGCCCUGCAACUCGGGUCGACUUUGAUGGGUUUCACUCCAAGCAUGGGCGGUUCCUAUCGCUGAAACGGAUUCUGGAGACGAGAGCCGGUGAACAGGUAAAUGUUGCGGGUCUCAUCGUCGCCCAAAACCCGGUGAAGAAGUCCAAGGAUUACGUUCUUAGUAUCAAGCUUGCUGAUCGCUCGUUGGAGUCCGAUCAAUGGCUGACUGUCACACUAUUCCACUCAAACGAAGCAUUUUUACCCAAGAUCGACGUCGGUCAAAUGAUUGUUCUCAUUGGGCUCAAGACUCGACGCGACACACCGUCGAGGAAAGUCGACUGUGUGGGAUACUCUGACCGCUUCAAAUGGAGAGGGUAUGAUCAAGCAACCAAAAAACUCUUCUUCAACGACCUGAAUCCUGGUGAAGCAAAGGGAGCACCAUAUGCCUCGGUUGACGACGUACUGCUCGAGGAACUGCACAAAAUCGCGGGCAUCAUGAAGGGACCCGAGUCCGUCAAACUCCCAAGCUUCGAAAAGCACCGCAUCCUCUCAGAGUUUACCACUUCCGGGAAAAAAGGCGUGUUCAUAGAUGCAACAGUCGAGGUACUCGGCGCCCGACGCGGGGAAAUUGGCAACCGAAAGUUUAUGGACGUCUUUGUGACGGACUAUACUCCAAAUCCUCGGUUCAAAGCGUUCAACUUUGUAGGAGCUGGUCACGAGUAUACCUUGCAGAUAAAUAUCUGGUUCGACAAUCGCCUAUACGAAGUGGCUGAAAAUCUUGCGAUUGGAGGAUACUAUCGAAUUUCCAACAUGGUCUCCGAGGAUCGUGACGGUUUCAUUUAUGGAAAACUUCCCGAGCUUUCGGGUACAGAUAUUACUCGAGUUGCAGAUCCAGAAGAUCCAUAUCUAGCUCAGCUACUUGAACGAAAGGAAAUAUUCCUCAAGAACCAACAAAUGGCCAUGAUUGAGGACGCCGUGGAGAACUUUGACCCUGAGAUAUUUUGCGGGAAUCCUCGAAUUACAACCCGCCAUGAAGUUGUCGAAAAAACCGGGCCACCCGUGCCGAUUGCAAGAGUCGCCUCGCCUGCACGAUUGACAUGCACUAUUCCGGGCUCAACUAAAGACUUCAACUAUGUCAUGCGCAAUCCAGGCGUGCUUCGAUGCCGCAUUCGAGGACGAGUUAUCGAUUUUCUUCCAACAAAUCGAAAGGAUAUGAUCAUUAUAUCAUGCAAAAAUUGUGGCUUUUGCAUAGGAGGUGGAUCCUUCACCAAGCAGCUGUGCUUCAAAUGUCGAACCCCCGAUAAUCUUGUCUAUGAGGUCAAAUUUUGUCUUCUCUUCGUCGACGAGGACGACAACUAUAUCCCCAUUCGAGCCUUUGGCGAAGAAGCGAUGCGUCUGUUUAGUCUACAGACGUUUAACUUCAAGGACGGAACGUUCGACGUAUCGACGAUUCUUGAAACGAUCGAACGCAAACUCGGCACCAUUACGGGAAAUGUUUGGCCACUCCUCGAUUCCAACCAUCCGCUCUUGGCCUCUGGUACGGCCUUCAAUGUUUCUGAGAUGGCACAGUUAGUAGAGUCGCCUUGGGUUGAUCUCGGAAUUCGUAGCUGGCCCAGCACACGCGAUCUCGAGGGUAAAACCUACGACCUGGUCGACUGCGUCUUUGAUUGA